AUGACGACCACCAGCAGCCGCGACGACCCCGCGUGGACCCCCUGCCGAAACCCUACAGGAAGAAGCAUCGUCUCGCCCAUCCAGCUCUCGCAGCCGUCGGCUUCCGAAGCCUCACCGACGCCCGAGUCCGCCCAACCCUCCCCCUCACCCACCCCCAGUCCCGCGACGGGCAAGGGGCCUCAGGAGACGCCCGCCGGCCGAGCGGGGGCGCCGUGCCUCCGCCUCACGCAGUUCCCCAGCUCGCCGCCCUCGCCCGCGGAGGACACGGGCGGCCUGGUGACGCUGCACUCGCUGGGCUCGUGGCGCGACUCGGGCUACGUGCCCUCGCCCUCGUCCGCCCACUCGUUCACCUUCUCCAGCGACGAGGACGAGCCCAUGGGCCGCGGCGGGGCAGGCCGGCGGGGGCGGGGACCCCCGCCCUUUUCGCCAUCCCGCACCCCCGCCCGCCCGCUCACCCCCAAAGCCAUCCGGGAGGAGGUCACGGAAGAGAAGCAGGAAGCGCCCGAGGACUGGACGCCGCCCUCCCACGGGCGGAACUGGUCCACGCCCGCCACCACGCCUGACGGCCGGCCCAUUCUCAUGCCCACGCCCGCCUUCACGCCCACGCCCCUGGAAGCGCGAGCAGCAUCCUCGAGAUCCUCACGGGCCCGCGCUCACGAAUCGCGGGGGAAAGAGGGAAAGGUGAUACCCGCUCGUGCGUUCUCUUCGGGCACGCCGGAGCCAGGCUUUUAG